AUGUUGCGGUUUUUCACAGGCGCCAAGAGCUUGUUCAGCGGCAUCACCCCGGCCGUGCAGGCCACACGAAACGCCUCCUACUUAGGCAACUUGAAGCCUGCAGAAGGCGCCGUCAAAGCAUACACCAGACUUGGAAGAGGCCCUGCCUCCGGGAAGGGUAAAACAGCCGGACGUGGACAAAAAGGUCAGAAGGCCCGAGGCAGUGUUCCGCACUGGUUGGAGGGUGGCCAGACGCCCUACUACAAGCUUUUCCCCAUUGUCGGGUUCAAGAGACCGCACCGCAAAAUCUACCAGGAGAUCAGUUUGCACCGGAUCCAGGGAUUCUGGAACGCGGGCAGGAUCCCCUUGGAGGCGGGCGGCACGCUCACGAUCCGCGCCAUGCGUGAAUGUGGGCUUCUUUCCGGGUCGCUCAAGGACGGAGUCAAGAUUUUGGGAACGGGCGACUCGUUCUACAAUGUGCCUUUGAACGUGGAAGCGUGCCAGGGCACCACGCGGGCCAUUGCGGCCGUGCGCAAAACGGGGCAUGAGUUCACCAGUGUGUACUUCACGAAGUUGGGGUUGCUUGCGCACGUCUUCCCCGAGCGGUUCCUCUUGAAAAAGGGCAGGGUGCCUUUGCAGGCGCGCCCGCUCCAUAAGAGAGACAUUGCCUACUACUCGGACCCGGCGCGGGGCGGGUACUUGCUCAAGGAUCGCUCGUUGUUGUUGGAUCACGUGGGCAAGCCCAACUUGCGCAAGGCCGCGGUCGAGAAGAGCGCCCUCGAGGCGCUGUUGGCGACUGCCCUGACGAAAACCCACACGGACUACGCGGAGUCGAAGAUCGUGCGUCUAGCUGAUCUCAAGCUCUAA